UAAAAACUGAAUUAGUUUGGAUUUUUUAAUAUUCCUAAAAAUUGAUUUUAAUUUUGGUGGAGGGGGCGGCUGAAUCCCGUGAAAACGCCGUCUUCGCCGCCGCUUCSCAGUUUUCAGUUUUCAUGGCAGAAGUUCCUUCGCUGCUCUUUCUAUGCACAGCCCAACUCAGAGACCAGCUUCUUCGAAGGGAUGACGUUCCACCGCCCGUCUAUGAUCUUCCUCCCGACUUGUUGUAUGCUCUCGCUUCGCAGCUCCCACCCUUGGCCUUGCAGAAUUUUCAGUCACAAAUGCCAUUUGAGCUCCAGAAUGAAGAUGAGUAUGAUAACGAUUGCCUUGAGGGUGGGAGGAAGCGCAGAAGGUACYACAAUUUUGAUACAGCGUGGAAGAAGAAUUUCAAUUUACGUUGGACACAGUUAACUGAUCAUAUCCAGCCAGUUGACUGGCAGCAGAUGUAUUGGGAGAAGCACUUGCAAAGUUGCCUAGAUAAAGCAGCAGCAAUAGCCUCCCUACCAUCUUUUUCGAAAUCUAUUGGAGAAAUAGAGAUGCCAGAUUCUAUGUUGAAAUAUAUUGCUGGUGAAGGGUCUACUCAUUUCUCAAGCGGAAAGUAUAGAAAACUAAGUUAUCAUUGCCAACAAUUUGGGUGCUAUGCACGAUGUCUGAGUCUUCAAAGUGUUCUCUCUAUUGCUGAAAUUUGUCAUAUAUUGAGGAACUGCAAGUUGCAGACUUUGGUAUUUAGGUUGAUCAGAUUCCAGGAGCAGGUCAAUGGAUUGUGCAAACUUCUAAACCAUAACAGAGAAACUUUAACAUCACUCGAACUUAUUAAUUGCAAGUUAUCUUCAACUUCUAUUAAUUCAAUUUGUGAUGCUCUGCUCCAUAAUAAGAAAACACAUGGCAUACUACACUUCUCAAUUAGUGCAUCAUACUUUGAUGAAACUGACCCUGUUUCACUUCCUAUYGGAUUGGUAUCGUUUUUGUCAUCAGGAAGGUAUUUAUAUUCUUUCAAACUUUGCGAGAACGACCUUGAUAAAAAUUUUGGAAAGCUYGUCUUUCACACUCUUCUUGAUGCUUCAUCUGGUCUAUCUGUCCUUGAUCUGUCUGAAAAUAAUAUGGCAGGAUGGCUUUCCAGUUUUAAUAGGAGAUGUUUGACUGGCAUUCCGGCGUUUUCUAUGGUUGGCAAGUCCUUGCAAUCACUGCAUGUACUCAAUUUAAGGGGAAACGAUCUGCGGAAAGAUGAUGCAGAUAAUCUACGAUAUGCUUUGGCUCAUAUACCAAACUUGGAGGCCCUGGAUAUUAGUGAUAAUCCCAUUGAGGAUGAUGGAAUCAGGAACUUAAUUCCGUUUUUUGUUGAAGCUUCUGAAAGAAGCUUCCCCUUUGCUGAUCUGAAUUUAAAGAACUGUGAGCUUUCCUGUGAUGGAGUAACACAACUCUUUAAUGCGUUGUCAACUUUAAGGAAACCACUGAGGUCACUUUCUGUUGCAGAUAAUAGUCUUGGAAGCUCGGUAGCAGCCGCUUUAGGAAUUUUCUUGGGGAAAUCAAUUCAAAUACUGAAUGUUGAAGGCAUUGGCUUGGGUCCAUACGGGUUUCAAGAAUUAAUUGAAGGCGUAACUGAAGGGUCAAAUAUUAUGAACAUCAAUAUAAGCAAAAAUCGUGGUGGGAUAGAAACAGCAAAUUUUUUGUUAAAGCUCCUUCCCGGGGCACCAGAACUUGUUUCUGUCAAUGCAUCAUACAAUCUAAUGCCCUCUGGAUCCUUAGACAUCAUACAUUCUGCCCUUAAAGUCGCUAAAGGGAACCUAGAGCUAUUGGACUUGAGCGGAAAUAAGUGGGAUGAUCAAAAGGCUGAAGUUUCAUUGUUUGAGUUUCAGAACUCUAACAGGAAAAUUGUAAUACAUUCAUCAUCACCAACCUUGGAUGCACUCUAUGACGGUGAUCCGUAGUCAACUUGGCUGUGGCAUCAUCACCAUUCAAGCUCGUGGAAUAUAUUGGAGCUACAUAAUGUACGACCAUCAACAUGUAUUGCCAAGUUGUAUCUUUGACCUUCUUCUUUAUUGCUUUAUUUAUAAGUACUUUUCCUUCAYUUCUAGCAGUAAAAGCAGAUGGUAUGGUUAUGAUCAGUUAUUGGUCAAUGCAUUUAGCUGUAAAGAAAUAAUAAUAUAUAUAAAUUAUAUAUCACUGAUUUAUUGGCAUUUAAUUGUUGA